CUCUGUUAUGAGAUUACGAAUCAGCCCUAGUGAAUACGGAUGUAAUCACCACGUCCAAUGUGUAGUAAUCGUCAAAACAUGUUAAUGUCAACAUGAACGGUUAAAUGAACCAUUAUAUGGAACGCCAGUCCACGUGACACACGUCACGUCCAGCGUACAGAAACAGUAAUUAUUACGAUUAGAAUGAAUGAAAUUAGAUAAAGGGAUUUUUGUUUUGUUUUUAUAAAUAGGCUAUUUUUUCGCUUGUUUUUCUUUAACAUGGUAGGCUGAACUAUUCGUUAAUAAUGGUUUACACGUAAUGCUUUUUACUUUAGACAACAAACAAACAGUGAUUGGUCUGAUAUGAUAAUGGCUUCUUCUUUGUAAAACCAGUUUAAAAGCAGUGAACUAACAUGUCGUGACGUUGUCCAACAAUGUUUUGGUUCCUGGCGGUGACGUAAUACACAAAAACAUGGUUCCCUUGUUUUGAACCUGAAAAGCGUGCUAACUGUUUCUUUAACUUCACUACGCAUGAAGAUGCAUUUCCGAAACAGAGUGACUGGAAAACAUUGAUAAGAGACGAUGGCUCAUGCCGUGGAAACGUGUGCUGAUUCUGGACGCAAGCUGCGCUCCAUCUGCCGGAGGAUGUACGACGAAAACGAGGAUUUGUCCGAUGUUGAAGAAAUUGCAAACAUCAGAGGUUUCAGUGUGGAGGAAAAGCUUGCUAGUGACAGUUACAGCUCCACGUUUGUUCACUGCAUGGAGGGUAAAGACUUCUCUUAUGAAUAUGUGCAAAGGGAGGCUCUCAGGACACCACUCAUUUUUAAAGAGAAAGAUGGACUAGGGAUCAGAAUGCCUGAUCCAGAAUUAACAAUCAGUGAAAUUAAAGGCUUAGUUGGCAGUCGUCGGUCUGUGGAUGUUAUGGAUGUGAGCACUCAGAAAGGCUCAGAAAUGAGCAUGGCUCAGUUUGUCCGUUAUUAUGAGACACCAGAGGAAGAGCGGGACAAACUCUUUAAUGUCAUCAGCUUAGAGUUCAGUCACACUAAGCUGGAGAACCUCAUCAAGCGGCCCACUGUGGUGGAUCAAGUGGACUGGGUGGACAACAUGUGGCCUCCUGAUCUGAAACAUAGCCAAACAGAAGCCACCAAUGUAAUCUCAGACAUGAAGUACCCUAAAGUGCAAAGGUAUUGUUUGAUGAGUGUGAAAGGCUGCUACACAGAUUUCCACAUAGAUUUUGGGGGAACUUCUGUUUGGUAUCACGUAUUCAAGGGACAGAAAGUGUUUUGGCUUGUGCCUCCAACCCCACAUAACCUUGCCCUUUAUGAGGACUGGGUCCUGUCAGGCAAGCAGAGUGAUAUCUUCCUGGGUGACCGAGCUGAUGGAUGCCAGAGAGUGGAGCUUAAGCAAGGAUACACCUUCUUCAUCCCAUCUGGCUGGAUUCAUGCUGUCUACACUCCAGAGGACACACUGGUGUUUGGAGGCAAUAUUUUGCACAGCUUCAACAUUCCUAUGCAGCUUACCAUCCAUGAGAUAGAGAACAGGACUAAGGUUCAUUCCAAGUUCCGUUUCCCUUUCUACUAUGAGAUAUGCUGGUAUGUUCUGGAGAGAUACCUGCACUGCCUCACCAAACGCUCUUACCUUUCUCAGGAGAUCCGCAAAGAGCCUGUACAAAUGGACUAUGACACAAAGGCAAACACAGAGAGCCUCUCCUCUGACUCAAGGAGCCAGGACAUGAAUGAGGACUCAUGUGAGACUCAAGUCAGAGAUGGCUCAGGUGAAAAACCAGAGAGAGCUGCCCAGGAUGGCCCCUGCUCUCCUGACAACCGUAGGGGCCAGCAUCUCAAAGCUGUUUUAUGUGUUGACUCUGAGGAUAGUUGUAAUCCCGGCUCCACCUCUCUAGAGUUCCCCCAAACCCCCUCUGACUCCCCAGCCUCGGAGUCUCCAAAUAGAUGGACGCAUUUGACUGAAUUUGAACUGAGCGGACUUAGGACGCUGGUUGAGAAGCUGGAGUCGCUCCCUGAAAAUAAGAAAUGUGUUCCAGUGGGAAUAGAGAACCCACAAGCCCUGCUGGAAGACAUAAAGGUUGUCUUCAAAGAACAUGCCGAUGACGACCCCAAAUUAGCAAUCACUGGAGUUCCUGUGGUGUACUGGCCCAAGAAAACUAUAAAGCCCCGGCCUCCCAACCGGCCGAAACCUAAGAUGGCAGCUUCUCCUGCAUCAGCAGUCAAGCUGUCAGCUAGUCGGGGAACAUCUGGUGCCAGGAGGAGAAGGACGCGCUGUCGUAAGUGUGAGGCAUGCCUGCGGACAGAGUGUGGAGAGUGCCACUUUUGUAAAGACAUGAAGAAGUUUGGUGGGCCAGGCCGGAUGAAACAGUCCUGCAUCAUGAGGCAGUGCAUUGCACCUGUCCUGCCCCACACAGCAGUGUGUCUCGUCUGUGGAGAGGCAGGGAAAGAGGACACAGUGGAGGAUGAAGAGGAGAAGUUUAACCUUAUGCUCAUGGAGUGCUCCAUCUGCAAUGAGAUUGUUCAUCCUAACUGUCUUAAGGUAAAAGAUUCAAAUGGAGUAGUCAAUGAUGAAUUGCCAAACUGCUGGGAGUGCCCAAAGUGCAACCAUGCAGGGAAAACAGGGAAAGCCUCAAAGCAAAAAAGGGGGCCAGGAUUCAAGUAUGCAUCAAACCUCCCUGGCUCUCUACUGAAAGAACCACGGUUUAACCGGGAUUCAAAAGAGGAGCCUGACCCACCGAUGGUGGCUACAGCAACUGUUACUGCUUUGACUACCACAUCUGCUGUGAAGAGAAAGGCAGAGCGGGAGGAAAUCCCUAAGAGGAAAGAAGAAGAGCCUCCAAAGAAACGUCCCCCCUUGCUGUCUUUGGAUGGUACGCCCCGACCGAGGCUCGAGGACAACCCACUAAGGAAAAAGAGAAAACUUUUUGACACCAAUGAUGAACCUGUCAUUGUGAAAAAGAAGAAGAAGCUUUCCAAACCGGAUGAUCCUUUGACUCCGAAGCUGUUGCGGCAAAUCAAGACAGAGAAUGCUCACGGUGAUGAAGAAGAUAGCCAGGAGGAUCACGAAGAAGACGGAUUGUCCUUGGACAGGAUUCAUUUAAAGGGGAAACAUGAGUAUGAUGACGAGGACCAAGAGGAAGAUGAGGAGGGAGAGGAAGAGGAGACACUGAAAAAAGAGAGAGACUGCAGUGCAGAGGACAAAGCCAAGGUCCUGUUAAGUCCACUGCAAAGAACAUCCGCAGCCAGAGAGAGUGAACAGUCGUCCAACUCUCCCAGAGCUGGACCAAGCAGUGAAUCAGGAGAAGCUCAGGAGAGGAGUUCAGCUCAGCUAAAGGCUCGCCAUCAGCGUCGACGCCUCCCCAACAAAGAGCUGAGCAAAGAGUUUAACCAGGAGAUUCCCAAGACAGAAGAAUGUCUGUCCAACCAAAACCACGGCUCAGUGAAGAAGGAGGAAGUUGCAGCCAAUCACAAUCGUCGACCACUGAAGAAUGAGGACUCUGUGACCAAUCAGAACCGUAAACCACUAAAAACCGAGGACUCAACCACUAACCAGAGCCGCAGGGCCCUUAAAAUAGAGGAAGGUUUGGCCAAUCAAAACAGACGGCCACUGAAAGCCGAGGACAGCCUGGCCAAUCAAAACCACAGGCCUGUAAAACCUGAGCCUGAGAACAAAAUAGACGACCAAAAGCCCAAAUGGCCUCUUAAUAACGGCAGCAGCGACCUGGGCGACUGGCUGCGACAUAGGGGGCGGGAGGUAAGCGAGACGCCACGUGGUUACUCACCACUCAGCUGGAACAGAAGCGCGCAGAUCACAUCAAUAUGUCCCCGUCCACUCCCCUGCCGGUCACCGCCAAAAUGUAUCCAAAUGGAGCGCCAUGUGAUCCGACCCCCUCCUAUCAGCCCCCCGCCUGACAGACUCCCGCUGAACGAUGGUGAAGCACACGUGAUGCGAAGAGAGAUGUGGAUGACCGUAUUCAGUCACUUGGCUCACAGAGAUCUUUGUGUCUGUAUGCGUGUCUGCAGGACCUGGAACAGAUGGUGCUGCGACAAGAGGCUUUGGAAGCAGAUCAAUCUGAACCGCUGUAAGUCCAUCACACCUCUCAUGCUAAGUGGUAUCAUCCGGAGACAGCCGGUUGCUCUGGACCUCAGCUGGACCAACAUAUCCAAGAAACAACUCAGCUGGCUCAUCAACAGACUACCAGGUCUGCGUGUCCUGCUGUUGUCAGGAUGCUCCUGGGUGGCAGUCUCUGCUCUUUGCACCUCCAGCUGUCCUCUUCUGCGAACUCUGGAUGUUCAGUGGGUUGAGGGACUGAAAGAUGCCCAGAUGAGGGACCUGCUGUCGCCUCCUACAGAUAACAGGCCAGGUCAGUUGGACAACAGAAGUAAACUGCGCAAUGUGGAGGACCUGCGCCUGGCAGGCUUGGACAUCACAGACACAUCUCUGCGCCUCAUCAUACGUUACAUGCCCUCGCUGUCCAAGCUGGACCUCAGCUACUGCAACCACGUCACUGACCAGUCUGUCAACAUCCUGACUGCUGCAGGGACGACCACCAGAGACUCGCUCACUGACAUCAACCUGUCAGGUAGGAGCCUGUCUUUGUUGGCUUCUGUAACAGGGUCACAGACCAGUCGCUGACCUAUUUCAAGCGCUGUGGAAGCAUAUGUCAUAUCGACCUGCGAUACUGCAAACAGGUGACCAAGGAAGGAUGUGACCAGUUCAUUGCAGAAAUGUCCGUCAGCGUGCAGUUUGAACUGAUAGAAGAGAAACUGCUGCAAAAGAUCAGUUAGAAACACGGAAGACUGUGUGACAUUUACAAGUGGUAAAACUACUUUCCACAUGGAGGCAGCAGAUGACCGCGUCGCUGUGUUUCAUUAAAAUCUGCGGACUACUAAACAGACACCAGGACAGAUGUGUCUGUCUCUGUAAAACUGAUGUAAAGGGUAGCUGUGCUGCUAAGCCAGAAUGUAAAAAUGGAAAUCCUGUCCUGUGAAGGCAAUAUUGCAAAAAUGUUCUGUUGUUGUUUGCACCCGUUUAAAAGUUAUUUAUUUCUUUAUAUUGAUUGUUUAUGUAUUGUAUCAUGACUAUCUUUUAGUGUUUAUAGAUACGUUUUUGUUCCAAUGCAAAAUUUAUUGCAUUAGAGUAAUAUUUUUGUAUCAGAAAGUGUUUCAUACAUUUAUGUGCAGUAUUGAUUGCACCACUGUACAGUAUCAUUACCAUUGGAAUUGAUAAUCAAUCGGUAUUACUGUUAAGCUCUUUAUUGUUGAGAGGCAAAGGUCUAAUGAUUUGUUGCCAAACUGUAGGAUGGUAGCUUGUGUUUGUGUGGGUGUUUUUAUAUUUUAUUAGAUGUGUCAGUGCCCUAUUCUGAUUGGACAAAGGUACUGGACAUUUUUUCUUUCCCAUAUAAUACCAUUUGCACUGAUACAGUAAAAUAGAAUACAUGAAUGUAUUCGCACAUACACUAUACAGUGUACAAAGCAUAUUUUUUCAACACUAAAAUGUUCUGCUAAUUCUAGAGAACCGCUUCUAGAUAACUGGGUUAUAUUAAGACAUAGCUGCAUACAGACAUCUCUGCCAGUCAGCACCACUCUUUAGUGUUAUUGGUUCUUUGUGAAAGGAAGCGUUUUAGCUCUGCAUGCAGCAAAGACAUGUUUACACCACAGUCAAUAGAUUUAGUAACUGUGAAACAAUAUAACCAGCCGUUCACUCCUGUCAUGAUCCAUAUGAUUAAAAAAGAAAUGUCCAGGAAUAAUAUAUUAUAUAAUUAUAUUACAUUUGCAGUGAGCAGCAUAGUAUUCUCUUUCCAAAGGAAGAGAUACAUAUAUCUUUAAUUUAAAAGAUAUAAAGCCAGUAUCAGUAAAUCAAUCCUGUAAAUCCAUGUCAAUCCCCAGACAUCAGCUUCUGACCACAGAAACUCCGUAGUAUAAGACACAGUGUUUUUAAUAGAGUAUGGAUCAUACGCCAAGGCCAUGUAUGUAUGUAUGUUGUUUAUUUGAAGAAGCUGCAAGCUGCUGCUUUCCUGGACGAUUAGUGCAAAUGUAAAAGUGAAAAUGGAUUUUGUUCUUUUUUUCUUAGAGAUUCCACUGAAAUAGACAUUCAUUAACACUGGUUGUUUUCUUAAAAAAAAUAUGUUAAAGUUAAAUCUUUUUGAGUUAAUCGUCUGAAGAUAAAGUACUUUGCAACCUAUUCCAUCAGUCAGUAGCAUUUUAAUAAGUAUUGCUCUAUUCACAUUUAUUCAUCAUAUUUCAAGUUAUAAAAAAUGGUAAUUUUGCUAUUGGAACUUGUCUAAAAAAUGUCAGACAGUUUAACGAUUUGAUAGGUUUGCAUUUUUCUUGAAAACUAAACUUUUUUAAAGAGUCUGUGCAACUUUUGAAUAGCACUUAAUACAGUUUAGUGGAUGGGUUUACAUUUUAUUUGUAUUUUUUUUAUUAAACCAUGUCUCCAUUAAAUAUUUUAGUACAUAACUGUAAAUGUUCAAUCUGUACAUAAUGUACAUGUAAAGCCUCUAGGAAGUCAACCUUUGAGAUAUUAAAUUCAUUUUAAAUACUGA